UUCUUUCUCAAUGGUUACUCCUCUCUCUCUCUUACCGACCCAUAUUCCCUAUCCUGUCACGCCCCAUGAAUGAAAAUAGAACAGUACAAAACUACACAGCCACCUGCCUCGCUUUGUUUUAUCUAUAUAUUGGAAGCCCAACAUUCAACUUCACCUACACCUGCACCAAAUAGAUUGGCAGAGGGCCACGCAUAGAAAUAGAACGACACAGAGGAGGAGAGCGAAAAGAGAGAGAGAGUGAGAGAGAGAUUAGGGUUUCUUAUUCUCAAAUCUCAACCAGACGCCUUAACAUACGGCAGUUGCAGACAUGGCUUUUCUCAGCGUCCACCACCCUUGGGCCUUCACUUUCGGCCUCUUAGGCAACAUAAUCUCAUUCAUGGUGUAUCUCUCCCCACUUCCAACUUUCCACAGGGUUUAUAAGAAAAAAUCAACAGAAGGGUUUCAAUCAGUUCCAUACGUUGUUGCCUUGUUUAGUGCCAUGCUGUGGAUUUACUAUGCACUCCUUAAAACAGAUGGAUACUUGCUAAUCACCAUUAAUACAUUGGGGUGCAUAAUUGAGUCCAUAUAUAUAACCAUGUACAUCAUAUAUGCACCAAAGAAAGCUAAGAUUGCUACGGCCAAGCUAGUUGUGUUGCUGAAUCUUGGGGUAUUUUGCAUGAUUCUGUUACUAACUCUUUUCUUUGUACAAGGCCCGAAACGCGUUCGGGUGUUGGGUUGGGUCUGUGUGACCUUCUCAGUAUGCGUUUUUGCGGCUCCUCUAAGCAUCAUGAGGCUGGUGAUACAAACAAAAAGCGUGGAAUUCAUGCCUUUCUCACUUUCCUUCUCCCUCACUUUGAGCGCCGUCAUGUGGUUCUCUUAUGGCCUACUAACCAAGGACUUCUACAUUGCAUUGCCAAAUGUGCUUGGCUUCAUAUUUGGAAUAAUACAAAUGGUGCUCUAUAUCAUAUACAAGGGUACCAAGAAGGCUUUUAUUGAUAAAAAAUUACCUGAACAAGUGGUGAAUAUUGUCAAGAUAAGCACUUUGGGGAGCUCAGACGUUUUUCCGAUAAAUGGGCAGGCAGUUUCCGGCGAGUGUGUCACGGAUUCCGUCGAAAAGUCACUUGAACAAGUGGUGAUCGUGGCUCACACAGUCACUGAAAAUGUGCAAGAUCUUUGAAAUUAAAGUUUUCAUCUUACUAGGAGACGAGGAAACCUCUCCGACUUAUGGCCUUCUAUCUGAGUUUGAGUUCACUCAUUGGAGAGAGAGAGCAUUUGCAUAUAUGUGGGCUUCUUUUUUUUCUUUUUUCUUUAGGCUAUUUCUCUCUCUACAUGUACUGAAUGUGUGGUUAGUAAGAGGGCACCAUCCCCGAAUGCAGGCCCACCUUAUCAAUUUUUGGUGUUAAUAAAGAAGUAAAUAAAUAAG